GCGGAGGCGGCAGGCGGCAGGUUGCCUCGGCGUUCAAGUUGUGGAGGGUCAGUUACGGCGGUUGUUUUGCCGUUGAGGGCUUCCCCGCGUUAGGGAGCCGUGGGGCGGCGGUGGCUGUGUGCGGGUGGUGCCGGCCUCCUCCCGCGCUAUCUUUGGAGCUUGUCCCUGGCUUAUUUGGCGGGGGCUGUUCCCAGCCGGGCCUGUAAGGCGCCCUAGCUUGCUUUUCCACUGGGCACCCCCACCGCCGCCCGGGGUGCCCCGGCCCGAAGCUUCUGUCCCGGCCCUUCCAUAGGGGCGGCCAUGAGCGUGACGGACUGCGCCGCGGGCUCCUCCCCGCGCUCCAGAAGAAAUGUUUCUGUCCAGGCUGGCAACUCCCCGUGUCUCAUCCACAUAUACUAGUUCUCAUUCUCCAAGUCAGGAGGACUUUACUCCUCUCCCUUCAAUCAAUGAGCGCUGGGCCUUUCUGCAUCCCUCCCGGGAGCUGCUGGAAUACUACCGCAAGAAGAUUGCUGAGUUUGAUGCGGAACAUGAGGAUUUGAUAAAAAGGCUGGAGAGAUACAAAGAAACUUAUGAUGAGCAGCACAAAUUGCAGUGGGAAGUACGUCAGCGAGAAGAGGAGAUUUCAGAGUUGCAAAACGCUUUGAGUGACAUGCAAGUCUACCUCUUCCAGGAGAGGGAACAUGUUCUUCGUCUUUACUCUGAGAAUGACCGGCUGAAAAUCAGGGAACUGGAAGAUAGAAAAAAAAUUCAACACCUCCUGGCUUUAGUGGGAACAGACAAAGGAGAAGUUACCUAUUUUCACAAGGAGCCUCCACAUAAGGUUACUGUUCUGCAAAGGCCGACUAAAUCUGGAGAUCCACAUGAACAGAAUGAUACUGCUAGAACAGGCACCAAGAGGAGAACUUCAAAAUCAGCAGCAAAAGGAGAGAAACCAGAAUGUCCUGAGAGAUAUCAGAGAGAUAAUCAAGCACUUCUACUUCAGGUGGAGGCCCUGCAAGCUCAGCUAGAAGAACAGACACGAUUAUCCAAAGAACAGGUUGAGGCGCUACUAGAGGACAGACGGAUUCACAUGGAGGAAGCCCAGGUCCAGCAUCAGAGGGACCAAGACAAGAUCAAAGCUAUAACGGAUAAACUCCAUAAGACCCAAAAUCUCUUAUAUGAGAGUACCCGUGACUUUCUCCAGCUGAAGUUUGAUGUCCGAGCCAAGGAGAAAGCAUGGAUGGCAGAAAAGGACAGCCUGCUGAGGAAACUUGACAAAGAUCCAGAUCAACUUAUUAUCAGCAGGGAGUCAGGAAGAGAGAAGAAGCAGAGAGAUACCAAGAAGAUGCUUGGAGCAGAUGAUGGAAUUUGGAAACCCCACAGCAGAGAACUAAAGUCACUGCAAGAACAGCUAAUGCAGGAAAAGCGCCUAUCCAACAUGUAUAGGGAGCAGUGUGUCACCUUGGAAUGCGAGUUGGCUAAGGUUCGUGAGGAGGGAGAUGUCGGCAAAGAACUCUUUAAGGAACGCGCAGAAAAGAUGGGGAAGCGCCUGCAGCUGAUGACUCAGCGAUAUGAGGCCUUGCAAAAACGUCGUAAUAUGGAAGUAGAAGGAUUCAAGAAUGACAUUAAAGAUCUUCGACAGAAGUUGAAAGAUGUAGAGAUGCAGCUUUUUAAGGUGACUCUGACUAUUGGACCAGACCAGGACCUUGCAAUCCUUCAUGAGGUCCGCCAAGGAAACAGACUAACCCGUAAAAUUCAAGGAGAACUAAAAAACUUAAAAGCAAAAAUCUAUGGCUUAGAGAAUGAACUACGGGUCUGCUGAAGUUGAGGUAUUAGCUGGCAUUCUAGUUUUAGGAAAGGGACAUUGCUAGGCUGGAACAGUCAUCUGUGAGAGCAGCUCCUGGCUGUUUUCUGGCAUCCAGUGACAGAAGGCUUGAGAAAAUCAGCAGUUAAUGUCAUAACAUUGUACAUGAGCCAUUCCUAACAUGCCAAAUUACAUUGCUGUUUCAGUUGAGAGAUGGCUCUUGAUAAGACUGACAUAAAAAGUACAUGAUGACUAAUAUAUCAGGAAUAUGCUUAUGACUUCAUCUUACCUUCACAUCCGCAGUAGGAGUCAGUGUAUACUAGUCUUCAGCUUUCUUUGGAGCAUAUUAUAAACCGCAUAUGAAAUUAAUGAUUAUGGAAGGAUCUAGCUCAAGAUCUGAAUUGCUUGACUGACCUUUUCAUAUGUGAGAAGCAGCUUUUAAAAAUGGUUUAAAUUAUUACUGUUUUGGUGCUUAGGCACUUCAGGAUGUAACUGGAAAUUUUCUUUGAAAAAGACCAUGUAUAGAAAGUAUGUAUUAAAGUGACUGUCCCCUUGACCAAAUAACUACUUGAAAAGGGCUUCCCUUUGCUUGAUUCUAACCCAAUUGGGACGAACCUGCCUGAUUUAAUAUGGUGGAAAAAAGUAACCUGUUAAGAAGUCAUCUGCAAGAAUCAGCAACGUCUACACUUAUUUUGAAUGUUUGGGCAGAAGGGAAAUACUAAACUAUAAAGUGUCAUCUUCUUGUUGCCUUCCUCCCAGUUUAUAUGAACAUACGGAGGAGGCCCAUAAUAAAAGGCAUCUAGUAUCUUAAUCUCUGCCUCUGCAGCUUUAAACAAUAUCAUGGUUGUGUACCAACAAAUCAGUGUCAACUUUUGCUACAGCAGUUGUUGCUGCUGUACUGUAACUGAAAUUGGAUUGGAAAAACAGGUGCCUAGUUGCUACAUGGUAAAUAUAACUCUGGCUAUAUGAUGAUUAUCUUUAUACCAGACAUGAGGACAUUGCAAUUCUAGAAAACAGAUGAAAUCAUGAAAAGGAUUACGACAUGGCUUCAGCCCAGUUUGUAAUUGUGGGACGUUCAUGCUUUUACUGUAGCAUCAGCAAAUCUUGGCCACCUUGUAGACUGAGAGCAGAUUGCUGUUGGAAAAGAUAUUUCAGUCCCUCUGUUUCCUACUGUAUCUUUCCGACCUUGUUAAAUGUGGCAGAAGCAGAAUAUCUUUCUGAAGUAUAUGCCUAAAGGCUACCAGCACGUCCUUCCCCAUUGAAAAGAAUUUAGUGCGUGAAAGCAGACAGUUUCUUUUAGAUGUGGUAGUGGCCAUGGAGAUACUUGUUCAGUGUUUGGCUGAGGGAGAUACGUAAAAGAUGGUUUUGCGCUGUCAAGGUUUGGAGAAAGAAUUGGUUUUAUAGCACCAACUAAACCAAUGUGGGAGGAGAAAUUCCCUUAAGUCAAUUGCAGGUCCUUUUUGUGACAGUCUUCCUGACCCUUAUGGUCCUGUAGUGUGGCUUUUUUUAUAUAUGCAUUCUUGAGCUCAAAUUCAUCACAGACUUUAGUGUGGGUGGCUGACAGUCUGUACCUAGAUGCUCAACUACUACUACAACUUAAAAGAGGCUGUUUUAAAGUAUGUUGCACUGAUGAGUUUAGCUGAAAAUGCUGAACUAAUUCAGACACUGAUUCAUGAACAACUUGAGUGCCAAUGCUAUUUGGAGGGUUGAGGAAGGUUAUUAAAUAAUGCUAUCUAUCAUUUAGCAUCACGCUUUCUUAGUUGACUAGUACUUUUUCGGAUAAGCCUAGCUAAUUAAAGGGAGUUGGUAUGUGAAGUAACAUGCUACUGUUUUGAAGAUAAGAUAUCGAAUUUAUCACAGGUUCUGGAAGGCUGCUUCUGAAAAUUGCUACAUAAUAAAGUAUUAGCCACUUAUUCAGCAGAAUUUGCCUACUUAAAUUCAGCUAUGGGAAGCUAGCUAAAAGGUCUCUUGAACCUAUAGAAAUAAAUGGGUUUCUGUUUAUUUUCAACUCUUCCAAGCUGAAGAAUUGCCUAUGAAAUUACAUUUUCCUAACUUGAAGGCUGCGAAGUGUGUCUGGAUAAAGCUGGUGGGCUUUGACAGUCGGGUUUGUAAGACUGGGAGGAAGUAUUGGUGUAAGAAGGAUGUAAAUGUUUGAUUCCUUGUCUUCCUUACCAAUAUUCCUUACUACUUGAAAGACUGAACAGAAUAAAAUGGCAACAUUCCUGAUA